GGGGUAAAAAAAACAUGCAGUUUGACCUCUUGGAAGGAUAGCUGCACUCUUGGCGAAUAAAAGGUUAAAGAUUUUUGCUCUGCGUCAUUGAAGUAGGUGGAGUCGGAGGGAUGGCACAAUCUACACAAUUAAAGAUGAACUUUGUGUGAACUAAUUUAACUGACCAAGGUAAGAGGGGGCUGAGACCUGGGAGCAGUUAUAAAGAGGCUUGAACCUGGAGAGUGAACAGUUUGGCAAUUCAUUGCUCUCACUCACCUCAUCCCGAGUGCAGCAAAAGAGCUUCAGAGAGACCGAGUGUGUCUUUAAAAGAAGUGGCGCUUCCACGUCUGUUUAACAUGGUUUUAUUUACACUGUUCGCUACUUUCCUGUGCACAUGUGUGUUGCCGUUGUUACUGUUCCUCGCUGCUGUGAAGCUGUGGGAGGUUUACUGUAUAAGCGGAAGGGACCCGAGCUGUAAAAGUCCCCUUCCUCCAGGGUCCAUGGGGUUGCCCUUCCUGGGAGAAACGCUUCAGCUGGUCCUGCAGAGAUACAAAUUCCUGAAGAUGAAAGUACAGAAAUAUGGCUACAUCUACAAGACUCAUCUUUUCGGGAGCCCCACGGUGCGAAUCAUGGGGGCUGAGAACGUCAAACAGAUUUUAUUGGGGGAACAUAAACUUGUCUCGGUGCAGUGGCCAGCCUCUGUGAGGACAAUCCUGGGGGCUGCCUGUCUGUCCAGCCUCCACGAUUCCGAGCACAAACACAGGAAAAGAGUCAUUUUGAAAGCCUUCUCUCGAGAAGCUCUGCAGAAUUACAUUCCGGUGAUGAGCGAGGAGAUCAGGGCUGGGGUCCGGGGAUGGCUGGAAGGAGCCCCCAGGGUGCUGGUUUACCCCGAGAUGAAGCGGAUCAUGUUCGGCAUCGCCAUGAGGAUCUUACUGGGCUUCGAGCCAGCACAGACCAACCGGGGAACGCAAGAGCAGCUGAUCGAAGCCUUCGAGGAAAUGAUUCGCAAUCUCUUCUCUCUGCCCAUCGACGUGCCCUUCAGCGGCCUGUACAGGGGGCUGAAGGCUCGGAAUGUAAUCCACGCAAAAAUCGAAGAAAACAUCAGGAAAAAGAUGGCAAAGCGGGACACCAGCGACCAGUUCAAAGAUGUUCUGCAGCUGCUGAUUGAGCACUCGCAAAAGGACGAUGAACCUCUGCGUUUGCAGGAGUUGAAGGAAUCUGCAACCGAGCUCCUGUUUGGGGGACACGAGACCACAGCGAGCACCGCCACCUCCUUAGUCAUGUUUCUGGGUUUGCAUCCCGAAGUCGUGCGGAAAGUCCGAAAGGAAUUGCAGGAGCAGGGAUUACUGUCCAGCGACGCUCAAGAGAACAAACACAUCACCAUUGAAGUCCUGGAACAGCUCAAGUACACUGGAAGCGUCAUCAAAGAAACGCUUCGACUGAGUCCCCCCGUCCCGGGAGGAUUCCGCGUGGCCCUAAAGACCUUCGUGUUAAAUGGAUAUCAAAUCCCGAAAGGCUGGAAUGUCAUCUACAGUAUCUGUGACACACAUGACAUAGCAGAAAUUUUCUCCAAAAAGGAUGAAUUUAACCCUGACCGCUUCAUGGAAGGUUGUCUGGAAAAGGAUUCUUCCAGAUUUGGUUAUAUCCCGUUCGGCGGAGGCUCUAGGAGCUGCGUGGGCAAAGAAUUUGCCAAAGUCCUUCUCAAGAUCUUCACAGUGGAGCUGGUGAGGACUUGCGAUUGGGAGCUUUUAAAUGGACCUCCGACAAUGAAGACUAGUCCCACUGUGUAUCCGGUGGACAAUCUGCCCACAAAAUUCACAGAGUUUUAUGACACAGUCUGAUCUUCCAGCAGACCUGCAGUCUCUCUAAACUUAAUGUAGCCUUAAGUGGUAUUGUAUUGUCCCUUUUCAAACUCUUGUAAUGUUCAACAUGAGGCAUUGUAAUGUUUUGGGAGGGUGAGCGAAGACUCCUUCAGCAAUCAGGUGGUUUUGGCUUCAAUUUCAUUAAAUAAUUGAUGCUAAAGCGCAUGUCCAAAGAAGGUGGCUCCAACGUUAGGUAUUUUAUAUAUAUAAAGAUGCUGUGAUCGGCUUCGGUUUUAUAAAAGGUUCCUGAUCCUUUCAGAUUUGGAUUCACCUUACUAGAUGCUUUACACUUGCACCUUUUUCAGUAUGAUGGUUUCAUGCCAAGGAUGGGAAGCAAGGAGAGGGAGAAGGUGAUGAAGAAAACCUGUCAGAAUAUAUUGUUUAAUAUUGUCACAUAUUCCUAAUUGUUGCACAGAUCAGUUUUUUAAUGAUCUGUAAAUAACCAGCUAUUUUAUACAAUUAACCUUUAGGUUUUUUGAAUCUCUUGAUUUAAAAAUAAUUUAAUACUUGUAGCUUGUAAUAGCUCGUAAUAGGACAGUUAAUUUAUGAUAAGUCUUGGACUGUAAAUUUUUUUGUAAAUUCAACAAGUACAGGCUGGGUGCGAAGCAUCUUCUGAGCACAAGGUCAUGCAUUGAGAGGAUUCAUAAUGUAUGAGUUCCUUAUAUCGUGAAUGUUUAUCAAUGAUAUAUAUAUAUAUAUAAUAAAUAUUUUCACUGGUA